AUGGCCCCCAUCACCUCUAUCGCCGCUACGUUCGCCCUCCUGGCCACGCUCGCCAACGCCCAGGUCAACCUCGACCCCAAGGGCCCCUCGCUCCGCUUCAACUGGACGCUCGCAGUCAACGAUGUGCCGGUCGAGCUCACCCCCAGCCCGGUGAACAACGGCUGGAUCCAGACGACCAACGGGCCGUUCCCGCACCAGCAAGCCGCGCCCAAGAACAACAACUACGGCGUCAACUUCAACUUCUGGGGUGAGGGCUUCGAGGUCCUCGGCAGCUCGCCCGACUACUGGAACGCGACCGACCCCGUCGGCAAGACCAAGCUGUACUCCAACAGCGACACCACCGUCACCGGAGGUCAGGACAUCAACGCGCCCACCUCGCCCACAGUCAUCACGUCGCACGUGAGCCCGCGCUUCCAGAAGUCCGACUACACGCUCUCUCUCGGCGAGGGGACGUGGGGCCUCGACGGCGUCGUCGUCCGUACCGGCAUGCAGAGCGACGCCCACGACCUUGCCUCGGCGCGCACCUUGGUCCAGGAGUUUGUCGUCAACGGCACCGUCAACCCCUUCUUCAACACGAGCGGACGCUGGGAGGUGGACCAGGAGGCCAACGGCCUGCCCCUCCGCGCGACGUGCUUCGAGGGUGCCAAGUUCUCCUUCCCCAUCCCCAACGGCGCGUCGUACGUCGUCCUCAACGGUACCCGCGACAUUCAGAGCGUGGACGCCCAGAUCCACAUCCGCGACGCGGUUGAUGGUAUCACUAGGGACUACAUCGACACCCUUCGCAUGCGGUACCAGAACUCGACCACGGCUCUCCUGUACAUGGCCCCUCUGGACCCUACCAAGAGCCUCUUCUUCGACUGGGACUGUGUCACCGGCAACACGCAGGGCACCAACAGUCUCACCAGCAUCACCUUCUACGCCGCCAUCACUAACGCCACUUGGGACGACAAGGUGACCACUGCCCCUGGCGCAAGCGGUUCGGCCAGCGGCAGUGCCGGCUCGCACGGCAGCGCCGCCUCGGCUUCGGGAUCGGCCAAGCCCACGUCGUCCAGCAAGCCUAGCGCCGCUGGCUCCAGCAUGCCCGCCAACGCAGGCCUCGCCGCUGCCCUGGUUGGUGGUGUCGCCGCCGCCGUCGCUCUUCUCUGA